AUGGAAAAAUUCUUAAAAUUAUUGAAUCAUUUAUCAGUGGCAUCAAAGUCAGCAGACUAUGAACAAGAGAUUUCUACUAUUGUAGCAACGAUUCAAGCAAAUGAGAAGUUAUUAUCACCAGUGCAAUUGGUUUUACCAAACGAGUUUGAUGAGUAUCAACACACUGUAGAUAAUGUAGCCCUGCAAUACUUAAAAAAUGCUAGUAAAAGUGUUCAAAACUUGAUUCCUCUCAAAAGCUUACCUGAUGGAAACUGUUUGUUCAAUUCGGUUGUGUCGCUUUUACCGGACUCUGAUGUAUCUGCAGUUGAAUUGAGAGUGCGAACAAUAGUUGAACUUGUUAAGAAUAGAUCUCACUAUGCUACUCAAUAUUCCACUACUAUCGGCCCAUUCGAUAUAGCACUUCAAAGGGCCUGUAACAAUUAUAGUUUUUGCGAACUCUAUGAGCUUGCUGCCCUUGCCAAUGUAUUACGGUGUGAGAUACAGAGUGUAUAUCCAUAUAUAGAUUAUCGCGCUGAGAUGAAGAUUAUGAAUUCAUUUCAUAAACCACUGGAUAUGAAUAUUGCCGAGAAGUAUAAACUAAUCAUAUUCUGGACUAGCACUCUAGACGAAGCCUCUACAAGAAAUCGCCCCGGUAGUGGGGGCGUUUGGAGUCCAAACCAUUUUGUGCCGCUUGUACAGCCAUAUCGAAGGAGCUUACCAGGUGAUAAAGAAGAAAGUCGUUCGGUGUUAAAAGUAACUCCUCGAAAGGAAACGUAUAAGAAUAAACAAAUUUCAUCUAUACGAAGCCCUGAGUUUUCACCACCUCCCAAUGCUAGAAAACAUAAGACAUCAUUUCCAUCGUCUACAAUAUCCGUGUCAAACAUGAGCACUUACGAUACUCAACGAAAGCGCCAAGAGAGGCUUACUGAGAAUGAGCAGCGGCGACGUCAACGUAUUGUUGCUGAUCGGUGGCGAAAACGCAAUGCUAGAGAGAAUGAAACUGAAGGCCAAUAUAGGAGACGUCUUUCUACUGAUCGAUUAUCGAAACGAAAUGCUAGAGAGAAUGAAACUGAAGACCAGGAUAGCAAACGUCUUUCUACUGAUCGACUAUCGAAACAAAAUGCAAGAGAGGAUGAAACUGAAGACCAGUAUAGGAGACGUCUUUCUACUGAUCGACUAUCGAAACAAAAUGCAAGAGAGGAUGAAACUGAAGACCAGCAUAACAGACGUCUUGCUACUGAUCGAUUAUCGAAACGAAAUGCUAGAGAGAAUGAAACUGAAGACCAGCAUAGCAAACGUCUUUCUACUGAUCGAUUAUCGAAACGAAAUGCUAGAGAGAAUGAAACUGAAGACCAGCAUAGCAAACGUCUUUCGACUGAUCGACUAUCGAAACAGAAUGCAAGAGAGGAUGAAACUGAAGACCAGCAUAGCAAACGUCUUUCUACUGAUCGACUAUCGAAACAGAAUGCAAGAGAGAGUGAAACCGAAGACCAGCAUAGGAAACGUCUUUCUACUGAUCGACUAUUGAAACAAAAUGCAAGAGAGAGUGAAACCGAAGAUCAGUAUAAUACACGGGUCACUAACCAACAGGAGCGAUCUGCAAAAAAUCGGUUAUCGCAAAGUAAAAAAAAACUCACGUUUCUAGCAACCACGCAACAUCAUUCAAAUGCGAGAGAUACAGUAAAUCGGCACCAAUCUGGAAUAAAUUCUACUGAGUCUAUGAGAUUGCGCCGUGAGCAACAGGCACUAGAACGAGAACAACACAUGUUACUUCAGCAAUAUACGUGGCCGAUGGCAAUCCCAUCGAAAUUGAAAUAUUAUUGUUUGGAAGACUUUGCUAAUCAUAUGUCCAUGUCAGCCUUAGAACAAUCUACAUGUAUUCUCUGUAAUACUCGAGCAUUUGCUAACACCAUGAAAGAAUACGCUCUACAGGAUAUCUUAAGUAUCGACCAACUAACUACUCACACAGAUCUCGUGAACAUUAUUCCUAGAGGCGAACAACACACGCAAGUGGAUCAAAAUGCAGAAGGCUUCUCGUCAUCAAACAUAGUUCUUUACAAGAGAGGAUAUUGUAAACUAACAAAAACUGGCAAUAUCUGUCAACAAUGUCUCAGUGCACUAAUUAGGGAUAAGAUUCCAAUGUUAACUCCGGCAAAUAAGAUGUGGGUUGGUGACGUGCCGAUCGAGCUACAACAAUUGACGCUUGCUGAGGAAAAAUUAAUUUCUCUUUAUCGCCAUAACAGCUGUAUUAUUAAACUACAAUCACCAUUUCAUCAUCAUUCUACUGCUCAGGCUGCACUUAGAGGUAAUGUGAUUACAUUCAUGCAUAACAUGCCGAAUAUUGUAACAACUUUACCUCUGGAUGUGGAUGAUCUUUCUGAUACGAUAAAAAUUAUUUUCAUUGGUGCCCAUAUGCCAGAUCGAGUUCAGUUUCGAAAAAUUUGUGGCGUUAGCCAACAAAAAGUUCUAAGCGAAGUAAAUAUUGCAAAAUUACCUGAAGAUGAUGUUCCGGAAAGUAUAUGGGCCACCUUAGAGAGAAUAGAGAAUGUAAGCGAUGGAAAUUCAGAACGAGCUGGAUUUACCGAAGAUCCACUAAUACAUGCCACAGACCAUGAUGAGUGUAACUCGGAAAAUAUCUGUCCUAUGAAUACCAGUGCUGUAUUGGAUGUAAAUGGAACGACUAUUUCUUCAGAAGAUAUUAGUGUGCAUUUACUUCGUAAAGUUAAUACAGAUAUGAUUGGAGCGUCGUCUGACUUGCCCGAGAAAUAUACGGAGGAUGACGACGAUGUGUAUAUGAUUCCAAGAUCUAAUGUGCCAAUCAAGGAUUAUUUCAAUCCAGAACUGCUACUUGGCUUAUAUCCAACUCUUUUCCCUUAUGGAUGUGGAGCACCUCAAGAUUCAUCAAGACCGAUUCCAGUAUCUUUAGAGCAACAUAUUCGCUAUUUACUAGCAUAUGAUGAUCAACGAUUUGAGAAACACCAUUCGUUUAUGUUUGUUCUCUUCAACAUAAUGCAGCGACGACAAGCAUGUUGGAAUGCGACUCUUAUGGCUUCUCGCCCUUAUUUUCAGAAUGUUGCUAACGAUCUUGAAACUUUGACCAGUAAAGAAAUUGAGACCGCACUGAUGAGUAUAAGUAAACAGACGUUUUCCUCUGUGGAAAAUCCACGGAUUAAUAUGCUUAUGAAACAGAUCAAAACAGUAGGUGGAAAUGUCAUGGGGUCGGCGUAUUCGCGAGCAGCUCUGCGGACUCAGAUUCAUGCACUUAUAUUUAACCAGGGUUUACCUAGUAUAUUCAUGACUAUAAAUCCGGCCGACAUUCAUAGCCGCGUUGCUCUCUAUUUUGCCGGCGUAGAUCUUGAUCUUGAUAAAAUUAUACCGGAAAAAAUUCCAUCAACAUACGAGCGUGCUCAGAUUAUAGCUUCGCAUCCAGUAGCUACAGCUCGUUUUUUUAAUGCACUUAUUUCUUCUAUUCUUAAAUGCAUGAUUCAAAAGGGCGUACUGGGUCCAAUUAAAGCUUACUUUGGUACAGUUGAAAAUCAAGGGAGAGGUUCAUUGCAUUUACAUAUACUCAUGUGGCUUGAUCAUGAUCUAACACCUUCACAGUUAAAGGAAUCAGUUCAAAACGAAGAGUUUCGAUGUGGUCUUAUUAACUAUUUAGAAGAUAUCAUCAAGCAAGAUCUAAGUAACUUCGAUCUUGAUACGUCUGAAGAUGACGCUCUUGAACAACAGCACCAGUCGUCUAUAGAUCCUAAUGAGACUAAAAAUGAUUCUCUGAAGCUUAUACCACCGAUCACGCCCACGCUAAAACCAUCAAUGCCAAACUUUGCGAUGAACUUCAAAAAAGACAUUAUACAGAUAGUAAAGAGUUGUAAUAUCCACAUUCACACCGCCACAUGCUAUAAAUACUCGAAAAAAAACAAUAAUCCUGCGUGCCGUAUGCGAAUGCCACGGCGAAUCGAAACUGUGUCAUCUAUUAAUGUUGAAUCUGGUGAAAUUAAACUGAAACGGCUUCAUGAAACAAUUAAUAAUUUCAAUGAAUAUAUCAUCAGUGCCUGUCGUUCAAAUAUGGAUAUUAAAUAUAUUUUCAGCGGCAGUGAUGCCAAGGCUUUGGUGUAUUAUAUUACAGAUUAUGUAACAAAGUCCAGCCUCUCUUUCCAUGACACAUUUUCCCUAGUCUUAAAAGCUAUUCAGUCCUUCGAAAAGCAAAAGCUUCAUAUGAAUGUCGCUGUUAAUGCCGAGGAGAAAUCACGUCGACUUGUCUUAAGAUGUUACAAUACUCUUGCAUCACAGCAAGAAUUAUCUGGAGUACAAGUAGCAUCAUAUUUGAUGGGUUGGCCUGAUCAUUAUACAACACAUGAAUUCGUUAAUCUAUUUCUCAUUGGUAUUGAGAAUUAUUUACAAUCAAUGCUAUCAGAAGCUAAACUCAAACAACAACACCAGACAGAAAAUAUCACGAACAUUGACGAUGAUGAAAGUUGUCAUGAAAGUGAAGAACAAUUUUUGCUUCAACCCACAGAGAGUAAUAAUAAAUACGUAUAUGUUAAUACCCGAGUCGACUACCAAUAUCGUUCAGUAGCGCUUGAUAAUAUAUGUCUGUAUGAUUAUGUGCGUUCAUAUCGAAAAAAACCUAUCGAUGCUAAGGAUCGAAGGCAAUUAGAAGCUUUAUUAGAGCCGAAAGAUAUCCAAUCAGAAAGUUCAAAACGCGGUCGACCGCCUUCUGAAAGAGAGCUCUUUCAAGAUAGUCAUCCACAAGCUGCCUCGCAUAUAAAUAUAAAACGAACGAAACCAGUCAUACCAGUCUUGAUUGGUCCACCAAUACCACGUAAAGAUCGAGAAGACACAAGAGAGCGUUAUUGUAGAUCCAUUCUUACACUUUUUCACCCUUGGCGAACAUACCGAGAUGUGUGCGAUGUUGAUCAAUCAUGGGAAGAGGCAUUCAAUAUCCGACAAACAAAGAUUUUGUCAUCAUCUUGGAAAAUUGUAAAUAAUAUCCAGUUACUUCAGGAAUGUAAAAGUGAUCGUGAUGAACAUCUACAGCAGAUAAUUGAAGCUGCGCAAACUGAAACGGGCAGUGAUGAGUGUUAUCCUCGUCACAUUGAAAGUGAUAGCGAGGAUGAAAAUACUGAAAUCUUUGAUAUAUUGGAAGCUAUUGACAUAACUAACAUUCCUGUUGUGAAUGGUAAUACAAACAAAGUAGAGCAGAUAUACUUUAAAAAAAUAGUAGAAGCAGUCGAUCGAGCGAAUCGAUUUGCCAAUAUUCGAAAUUCACAUGUAGGGCCAACGAAUCGUUUUAUACAUUCGUCUCAAUUCGAUAAACAAAUUAUUUCUGACCACGAACAUCUAGUACCCGCAACUACCGAACUAAUCCAAUUGAAUAACGGGUGGCAACGUAAGAUCAAAGAGCAAAAAGAGCGAAUACGAAAAGCCUGCAUAGGUGAACAGCUACAAGAAAAUCAUAUUGAGAACAUUGACAAUGCCGAAAAUGGAUUGGUUCCACCCAUCGAAGAAAAUAUAUCUUCAGAUCUUGAUAAUAAUAACGAGACCGCCAGCUCAACAAGUAUCAUACCAGUUGCUAAAAUUGCUGUACCGAAUGAAACAACACGAGAGAAUAUAGCAGUGCAAUUUACAUUAAACAAGAAUCAAAAGGCUGCGUUUAUGAUUAUUACUGGUCAUCUAGAUGGACUGGGUAUACUGAGCGAAGAUGACAAACAGCAACAAUUGAUUAUGUGUGUACCCGGGUGUGGCGGCACAGGAAAAUCUCAGUUGAUUCGUGCUAUAACAGCAUAUUUUACACAAACAAACCGCGCACAUAAAUUGAGAAAACUUGCACCAACAUCAGUUGCUGCAGCAGAGAUUGAAGGUAUGACAAUUCAUUCUUUUCUCGGUGAAGGACGAAAUCGAAAGCAUAAGUCAAAAGUGAUGAAUCGUCCGGGACAGGUGACAAAAGAAAAUAUAUGGCGUUUUGUGGAGUAUAUUAUUCUUGACGAAAUGUCAAUGGUUGGCCUCAGCUUAUUGGCUCGUUUGAAUAAACUUGUUGCAACAGCUAAGCACCAUGAUCCUAUGUCUACAAUGGGUGGUAUCAACAUUAUCUUUUUUGGUGAUUACAUCCAAUACUCACCAGUAUUUGACAAACCACUUUACUACAACUUCACUUCCCCAAUGGAUAAUGAUACACAAAAAAACAGGAAGAUACCCACAGAAAAUGAUAUUCAACAAAAAAGUGCUCGAGCAUUGAUCUUACAGAUAAACUGUGUUGUUAUGCUUGAGGAACAGAUGAGAACCAAAGACUUGGCUUAUCGAGCUCUGCUGAAUAGAGUUCGUCAUGGUGAAGGUACAUAUGAAGAUUGGCAAUUACUCCGAACGCGUGUAAUUGGUAUAGGACUGCACAUUUCUCUUAAUAGUCCACCAUGGAACGAGACUCCAAUUCUUGUUUACCGAAAUGAACUUCGAACAGAACUAAACAACCGAGCUGUCAUCAACAAAGCAUAUGAAAUGGGUCGAGUACCGACCGUUGUAAUUGCUACCGAUACAAUAAAGGCAAAGAAACAUAUCGAUCUUCCUGAUUUGACAAAACGUCUUCUCGCUUUGCCUGACAAUAAAACAGAACAUUUACCCGGUUAUCUGCCUCUGGUACCAGGUAUGCCUGUAUUACUACAAGAAAAUAUUGCUUGUGAACUUGGUCUGUCAAAUGGCACACAAGGUAUCUUCCGCGAGUUAAUUUAUGAUUGCACGUCAGAACCUACCAUCGGUUCUAGUGAAGAACCUUUUACGCCUGAUACUGUAUUUGUACGUAACGCUCAAUAUGCUUUGGUGGAAAUACCCAAAUCGAAAAUGAGUAAACUAGAUUCACUCGAUCCACUUAUUAUUCCUAUUCCUGCAAUUGAGAAAACAUUCGAUGUAGAUCUAGAGAAAUUCUAUAGUGAUAAAGGAGCCGUUACGAAAUUAUUUAAGAAUAAAAAGGUUAAGGCUACUAUUUCUAUUAAAAGAAAGGCGUUACCGUUAAUACCAGCCUACUCCAUUACAACUCAUAAAAGUCAAGGUCAAACACUACCAAAAAUAGUCAUUGACUUGAAUAUGCCACCUGGAAUGGUAGAAGUGGCAUCAGCUUAUGUACCACUAUCACGAAUCCAACAACUGACGGAUCUCGUUAUCUUACAAGACUUUAGCAUCGAAGCUUUACAAGUGAAACCGUCCAAAGGACAACUUGCUGAGCUUAAUAGAUUGAGCGUGAUUUUUGAACAAACAAAACAACAUUAUUCGCAGUAUUUCGUAUAA